CGGCACCGUCACGUCACGCGAGAAGGCAGCGAGACAAGCAAAGCGAAAACAGCAACAACACACGAACCACAUUUGUUAUAUCAUGUGCCUAAAAACAUAGGAUGGGCCUGUGUAUAUGUACCUAACAAUCGCAAGACCCAGCUAAAGGAUUGCAUGGAAUCGUAAAAGGAUAUGAGUUCCUCCAAGAAUGGGGACAUUUCACAUGGAGGUAUGCUUGGGGAAGAACAACAGCUUCUCCAGGACCUUAAGGAAGAGACGGAUGACGUUGCAAUUUAUGAGCCAGUCGAAGGACUUGGAGGGGUUUUCCCGGGGGCCACUGAGACUGGGAAACGGACAUUUGCGGAGAUGGGCUCUGAUGUAAACGAAAAGUCCACGAGCCGCAAGAUAUUCAGAGUCUCUGAGGAGAUCAAGAAGCAGUUGACAGAGGAGAGCCUCCAGCGAGCCCUCCCAUGCCUGACCUCUGGGGACAAGAUGGACUGUGGCCGGGACAACCCCAGAAGCAGAACCUCGUACAGGAGGCCCCUGUUCGGUAUCUCCCACAGGAUCAACGAGAAGCGCAUCGCGCCGAGCUCGGAGACGUCGGCCGUUCAGGGCGGAGGACAGCAGCACGACUGCGAGAGCCCCUUCACCUCGGAGUUCCACAGUCCAGAGGAAAACUGCAAGUUCGAAGCCUUCCCCGGUGCCGCGAGGGUGCCCGGCGAAGGCUUGCCGACAGACGCCGGCCUCUAUCCGCUGAUCGAGAAGAUGUUUUUCAUCCUCAACACGCUGAAUUCGAGCAUGACCCAGCUGCACAGCAAGGUGGACCUGCUGUCCCUGGAGGUCAUACGAAUUAAGAAGCAGAUCAAGCCGGGCGAGAUGGUGACCGAGUUCCAGCCUCCCCCACAAUAUCUGCUGACCAGCGAGGAGCUUCAUCAGCUGAUGGAGCAGACCUCGGGCGCCGGGGAGCUGGGCUGUCGGCUGCUGGUGCAUCUGUUCCCGGAGCUCUUUAAGGCCAGCGAGUGCACCAACGGCUGCAUCGCAAGCAAGAGAACAUUGGACUCGCUGCAUCUGCAGCUCAUACGCAAUUACGUAGAGGUGUGCUUCCCGUUAGUCAAGAACAACAACGUUUGGCAGGAGGAAUGCCUGAUGCAGAUCAAUGACUUGUUUAAUCAUUUUUGUGCACAGAAAGAUAUGGAGAGUGCCCGCAUGCAAAGAAAGCAGACAAUCAUAGAUACGGGAAUCAAGGCAGAGCAUGCCGAGACCUGCCACUUUAUUAAUGAGGUGGGGGAGGAGGAGCACCUCUCGAUGGAGGAUCAGAAUAACCUGGCUAACUCGGACUUGGCCUCUGACAUACAACUCACGGAUGACUUGGAUGAGUUCUCCUCCCCUGAGGACUUUGUUAUCUUCCUCGUUCAUCGCCUUUUCCCUGAGAUUUUCGAGGAAGGUAAAUUCCCAGAGGGCGCCAGUGGUUUUCACGGUGUCGGACAGCUUCUGCUGGAGUCUGACAGGUUGGAAAUUAUAAGGAAGUACAUGGAAUCAAAUUUCCCUGACGUGCCUGAGGACACCUGGCUCCAGGUGUGCGUUCAGCAUAUGGAGGAUGCAAUAGAGAGUGUCCACAGCAAUAUUAACGAGGGGGAACACGACAACAUCAGUAAUAACAGCUACGACUUGGCCGGUAUUCCGGAGGAUGUCUCCUUGAUAAGGAUCCCAAAUAUGUUUGAUCAUGAAAGGCCGAACCGUAGGUCCAAAAAGUCUCUGCUUGUCCCUGUGGAUUUUGACGACAUGGAAAUCCCUCUGCCAGACUUCAGCGUUCCCAAAGAAUAUCUCCUUUCCAAGGAAACACUUAAGAGCAAUUACGACUGUAGCCUGUCCAUCGGGAACUUUGCGUCUCGGGUUCUGGUGCUGAUGUUCCCCGAGCUCUUUACCCAGGAGAACGCACGGAAGCAUUACAACUGCAGUGGCUCCCUGGGCAAGAAGCAGCUGGACCCCGUUCGCGUCAACCUGAUCCGGCACUACGUCCAACUGCUGUACCCUCAGGCCAGGAACGACCGGGUGUGGAUGUUUGAGUUUGUGGGCAAGUUGGACGAGCGGUGCAGGAGACGCGACACGGAGCAGCGACGGUCCUACCAGCAACAGCGGAAGGUCUACGUUCACGAGCGGGAGCCCGAGGCCAGCGACGCGGACUGUCAGCUGAACCAGUUCAACGGCGACGCUCUUAGGGAGGACACAGACUGCACACAGACCCCCGCCGCGCCGCCCGAGAAGAGCAGCAAAGACUUUUGUAAGAUACCGCUGGACGAACUCUCGGUAACCGUACCCGACUUCCCCGUGCCUUCGGCCUACCUGCUCUCGGACACUGAGGUGCGUGAAGUCGUGCAGCAGAGUCUCUCCGUGGGGAACUUUGCCGCCCGCCUCUUAGUGCGUCUCUUCCCCGAACUCUUCACGCAGGAGAACCUGCGGCUUCAGUAUAACCACUCGGGGGCGUGCAACAAGAAGCAGCUGGACCCCGUGCGCCUCCGGCUGAUCCGCCACUACGUGGAGGCGGUGUACCCUGUGGAAAAGAUGGAGGAGGUGUGGCACUAUGAAUGCGUGCCCAGCAUCGAUGAACGAUGCCGGCGCCCCAAUCGGAAGAAGUGUGACAUUCUGAAGAAGGCCAAAAGAUCGAGCACUGUGUUUUAGCCACAAUAGUUUGCUGGUAUGGCAACAGCUGUCUUUGUCAUGAAAAUUAUUGCACACAAUAUAAGCUCAAUCUAUUGCAUUGUCAAACUUUUACAGCAGUCCGAUGUAGGUUUUCAAUCAGCACUAACAUUGGUCUCGUUUUAUUUUUGACCAUAACCGUAGAAAUUAUUGUUCAAGUACUCGAAUGCCGAGUGAUAACAAAUGUAUAUUUAUGAGCCAAACUGCCAUAGCUUAUGUACACAUUAACUGAUGCAGCUUAAAAAUAAUGUUAGCUAAUGGAAUAGUUAAGUUGAUAUAUGAAUAGAAAUGAAUCACGUGAUUUGUUUCUAUUUCAGUCUAUUGAACCACUGUUUAAGUAAGAAUUUGCUUAUGUUAAACCUUCUUAUAGAAGUUUAUAUAUAAAAACAAUUAACAAUGACAAUGGGUCAUGUUAACCUUUUUUCUAAAAAAAUCACAUUCAUAAAAUCUAGUUUAAGAAUUAAGGGAUGAACGACUCAACUUUUUUUGUCACAUCCAUCCAUCAUGGAUGUCAGUCAUCAGUCAUCAAGGAUCAGAAUUAAAAGUAAAUUUGAUUGAAAUUCCUAAUUGAUUGAUUAAAACCAAAUUUACAUUUCAAAUAUAUUCCAUCAAGCAAAUAAAUUCUAGAUUCUUAAAAUUACUUUUUGAUUUAUUCAAAAGAAAUAAAGGAAAUUACAAAAAUACUAAACAUAAAUUGAAUGUCAAAUCAUGUUUUAAAUAUGUGUCACCAACCCAAAAAAAAACAAGUCCAGAGUUUCAACAUGCACUUUAUAACUGCUUUCACUUUUGCUUGGAUUGAAUGCUUUGAGGCCAUUUAUCAGUAAAGUAAUUCUUGGGAAAAUCAUGGCUUGAAGGCUUCAUCCUUGGAAAGCUCUAAACUCUUCCAGCGUCUCAGGGCCACUUUGUACUUCUCUCCAUCGUUGGAUUCACCCAAUUCCUUCUUAAGGAUUACUCUCAUCAGAGUAACAGUGUUUCCUUCACCGCUUUCAGACACUACCAUGUCCAGAGUGUCUCCAACUUUCACCUAUACAAGGAACCAAAAAAAAAAAACCUAAUGUACCAUGAAAUGUGUGCAUCAAUGUGGUAUUCAUUUGCGUUCAUGUUAUUAUCAGAAAACUCACCGAUUUACUUUUCUUGAUGAGCUUCUGCCCAUUCAGUCGAAGCUUGUUGUUGUAGAAAGCAUCUUCAAUUUUACUAAUCCGGAGACAGAGCAAAACAAAGAAGGUCAGGGAGAGUUGAGACUAAUCAAAAUGCAUUACCUUCACAGCUAGUCUAUACUCACUCACUUGCGAGCCAUAUCCAAUCCAGACUUCAGGAUAACAUCGUAGCGAUAAGACUGUACAAACUUUUCUAAAUCCUUAUAGUCCUUAGGCAGGUUUGGGUCUUCUUCAAUCUCAUCCUCAGAGUCAGUGUCCUCCGUGUCCCGCUCCUCC